AUCGCGUGAUUUGAAGAACGCAGACGCACAGCAAUCGAAUCGGACAGCCCAUCCAGCUCCCAGUCUCCCGUUUUGAGUGGAGGCAGUGCAUCAUCGUCAGCCAUGGGCCACACUUGCUUCUGGCUGAAAAUUGUGGCAAUUGCAUUGUUCGGCCUGCUGAAUAUCUAUUUGUUUGUGAUCUCGUGCGGCAUCAACUAUCAGUAUGCCGCGGCCCAGGAGCAGGUGCGUUUCCGGGACGAGAUGCCCACCAUGGACAGUUGGGUGAAUUCGCCGUUUGGCAAGCUGAAGAGCUACCUGUUCAAUGUGACCAAUGGACCGGAGUUUCUGAGUGGACGCGAUGCCAGGAUCAAGCUGCAACAGAUCGGCCCGAUUGUCUAUAAGAUUGUGGGCUACAACAACAUCCUCAAUCGCACCGAGAACAGUGUGACCUAUCGCAAGCAUCGCUAUCGCCACAUUCAGUUCGUGCCCGAGGAGAGCGUCUCGCCGGACAUCCUCAACAAGACGAUUGUGCAGUUCAAUAGCUUCCUGCUGGGCGCCGCUGCCAAGUACUGCCAGAUACCCUUCACCUCGAUGGGCUUCAAUGCGCUGACCCUGGGCGAGCAGGUGUUCAUGACCGGCAGCGUCUACUAUUUCCUGUGGGAGUUCACUCGACCCACGCUGGAGCUUUUUGGCAAAAUGUUGCCGCUGGCCACCAACUGUGGCACGCUCUACAAUGCUCUCAAGGAGAAGGAGGAGAUCUACACGGUGAACAUUGGCACUGAGGUGGGCAUGGAGAACUUCUUUCGCAUACAAAGUCUCAAUGGCGAGCUGCGCAUCCAGGAGCGUGUGAAGGACAAUCCCCGAAAUCUGGGCGACAACUGUCCCAUCUAUGUGGCGGACAGCCUGGACAACUCGCUCUAUCCGCUCUUCCUGGAACGGAACUCAUCGCUUAGCAUCCUGGCGACCGAAUCCUGCCGCGUGCUGCCCCUGCGCUAUCAGCGAGAUCAGGAGCACGAUGGCCUGAACUCGUUCCGCUUUACGCUACUCCAGGCCAACGAGACGGCGCCCAAGUGCAUGGAUAGCACCUACGGCGUGAAGCUGCCGCGCGGCAUGUUCGACGUGUCCAAGUGUGUGAUAAAUGAUGCUCCUUCGGCCUUCUCCAUGCCACAUUUCUAUGGCUCCAGCUACGAUUGGCGCCAGCACUUCGAGGGCCUCAGCCCCAAUGCCGAGCAGCACGAGCCCUUCAUACUGCUGGAGCCCAACACGGGCAUACCCAUCAAUGAGAAGUAUCGCUUUCAGUCCAACACCCCGCUGCCGGACUUUAGCAGCUACAGCCGCAAGCUGACCAAGCUGAGCAACAUGAUUGUGCCCGGCUUCUGGUAUGAGUUCGACAUGGAUCACUUACCCACUCAUGUGCUCUACAUAAUGCGCUUCAAUGUCAACUGGCUGCCGCAUCUGCAGCCCUACCUGAUGGCCUUGCAGCUGCUCUGCGCGCUGUGGUGCGUGCUCAGCUUGGCCAGGCGCUGCAGCAGGAGUCGCAGCUACGGCGAGCUCUACCGCAAGCUGUGCGGCGCACCCGUUGUGCAGCUGGAGACGAUACUGAAUCCUAGGCCGCAGCAUGAGCCCAAGCUGACCACUGAGCUGUCUCUCAAAUAGUCGCACUUGCGCAUAUUUGUAUCUUAUAGAUACGCCACACUUGCCAGAGCUUUAGUUUGUGUUUAGUUGUAUGUAUUUAGGUUUAAGCAACGCGCAUUACACCUCCGCAUGGCCUGCGCUUAUCAGCAGCGCCAAUUCACAGAAUCACAAUAACAAUGAUAAUGCUAA